GUCAACUCUUGCGUCAAGCCAGCUCACAACAACACAAUCGCACCCAACCACACACAAUGGCCAAGAAGAGCGCCGCGCCGCUGUCCAAGGCGUCCAAGGCACGCAAGUUUGCCGACAUGGACGACGACAUCCUCGACCCCGACUCGGAGGAGGACGAGUUCACCAAUUACAGCUCCAAGGGGCUCCGCGGCGGCCAGGACGACGACGAGGACGACGAGGAUGACGAGGAGGGCUCGGAGGAUGGCGAGCUCGAGGAGGGUGCCGAGUUCGCCGAAUCCGACGAGGAGGGCGACGGCGUCGCGACGUGGGAGCCGGAUAACUGGGACGGGGCGAGCGAGUCCGAGUCCGAGUCUGAGGAGGAAGGCGACCGCGUGCAGAUGAAGAAGCUCCAGAAGGGCCUCAACGACAUCCCUCUCGCAACGCUCAUGAAGGCGCAGAAGAGCCUCAGGCGGCAGGCCGACGAGUCCGACUCUGACGGCGAGCCGGGCCCCUCGUCCAAGGAGAGCAAGCUGGCGGCGAUGAAGGCGCGCCUGGCGGAGAUGCAGCGCGCCAAGGGCAAGGCUUCGGGCGUCACGCUCGAUGACGAGGCGGGUCCGAGCCGGAAACCGCGCCGUGAGCACGAGGAGGAGACGGAGCGCGAGCGGCAGAAGCGCGAGAACAAGCAUGCCCCGACGAUGAUGAGCACGAAGAAGCAGGUGUCCCGCGCCCGCCAGGUGGUCGACGUGCAGAAGAAGGCGAGCCGUGACCCGCGCUUCUCGUCCCUCUCGGCCGGACAGGUCGACGCGCACCUCCAUGCGCAGGGAUACGCCUUCCUCCCGCAGCUCCUGCGCGACGAGCAGAAGAACCUCCGCCAAGCCGUCGCCGCCGCCAUGAAGGCCGAGAAGACGUGCAAGCUGUACGAGAAGCCGCGGUUCACUGCCGAGCGCGAGCGUCUCGAGCUCGAGCUCGCGCGUGUGCGUACCAAGGUGGAGCGGACAGAGCGCGAAACGCGGAACCGCGAGGUGCUGUCCGCUGCCAAGCGCGAGGAGCGGGAGAAGCGCGAGCAGGGCAAGGGCGCGUGGUUCAUGAAGAAGUCCGAGAAGCGCGACCUGCUUCUCAAGGCCAAGUUCGACAGCCUGGAAGAACGCGGCGGCAAGGGCGCAGUCAAGAAGGCCAUGGACAAGAAGAUGAAGAAGGUGGCUGCGAAGGAGAAGAAGUCGCGGCCGUUCAAGGCUGGCGGCGGGGGUGGCGGCGGUCGCGAGGGCGCAGGCGGCGGCGACGGCAACAAGCGGCGGCGCGUGGCCUAGCCCAGCCUUGCCACCUCACACAUG